AUGCCAAGCGGUACAAAGGUGCGUGCCUCUCGCCCUCAUCCUUCCCGUCCACCCGUUCCUCAGCGCCCCGUUCCUCGGCGCCCCGUUCCUCGACCCUGCGCAUGCACAUCCCUUCCGCACGUCCCUUCCCCAGACAUGCAGCCUCGGCAGCCUUUCUUCUUUCCCCUCCCUCCAACUCCGCUGACUCCUGAUCGCUCUAGAACACCUCCUUGCGCAAGUCCUCCGGCUUUCAGACACAACCUCCAUUCACAGCCCUUCCAUCCAUCCUACCUCCCGCCCGCACGUCCGAUGACCGGUUGCAACCCUCUCGCCUCCUCCAUGAGCGCGCUCGCUAUCAGUCCCGCUCCACCUUCCCUCACCUAG